AUGGAGAACCAGACAAAUGUUGAGCUUUCUGAAACAAAAGUCUUCACUGCUUCCUCUGUGCCAGCUGAAAAUCAUGUGACUCCGAGUCAAAGCAUUGGUUUGGUUGCACUGCUUCAGAAGCCUGUGACUUCUACCCAAGAGGGAGAGGGCAACUCAUUUGAAGCUCCGCAACAGCAGACCUUUGGCCAAGCGCUAGUCUUCACAAAUUCUCAGCACAGCACCCAGAUGGUAGUAGGAACUGGCAGCUCCAGUGCUGUAAACUCUUAUUCUCCUCAGAGUCUGUCUGCAGUUCUUUGUUCUGGCUUUGGAGAACUCGGAUCUUCUAAACUGGCAAAUUCCUCUGGAUCUCAAAUCUUGGACCAGUUGAAAUCUCCAGGUUUGGGUCAGUUUACCUCUCCAGUAAACAGUAGUAGCUCUGCCACCACUACCACAAGUUCCACAUCAUCCUGGGAUCUAAAACCAUCCAUUACUCAGUCCUCAGUCCUUAGUCAGUUUGACUUUAAAUCCCAACCUGAACCAUCCCCAGUUCUGAGCCAGCUGACCCAGAGACAGCAACAACAAGCACAGGCAGUUCCUGUUCCUCCUCCUGGGCUGGAGUCCUUCUCCUCCCAGGUAAAACUCCGUGAUCCAUCGCCAGUAGACACUUCUAUAGCUGUUAGCAAAAUGUUACAGCUCCCCACUAUCUCUAUGGAUAACCAGGCAGUGACUGCCCAUCAAACCCAGCAGAAACACAUAAAACCACCAAAACGGAGGAUAACUCCAGCAUCCAAGAUUCCUGCCUCUGCAGUGGAGAUGCCUGGAUCAGCGGAUGUGACAGGGUUAAAUGUUCAGUUUGGAGCUCUGGAGUUUGGAUCGGAGCCUGCACUCCCAGAGUUUGGAUCAGCUUCAAGCAGUGAGAAUACCAGCCAGGCAGCCAACAAUAGCUUGUACUCAAAAUCUCUAAAUGAUCCUUUGAAUACCUCUUUGCCAAUAUCCAAUACAGUACAGGAGUCCACCUACACAACCUCUGCCAUCACCUCUUCCAGUCUGACCUGCUCAUCCCAGAGCACUAGCCCAGUAACAACAACUUCCUCCUAUGACCCGACUUCUGUGCAUAGCAGGAUAGCGUACCAAAGCUCCAUGGCUCCAUCUGAAUCAGCACCUGUUGCAGUUACGAAUGGACACAGCAGUGUAAGAACACAGGCAACUCUUGACACUACUUCAUCGGUUCCAGCGCCUAAGACAGAGCCUUCUCCCUCACUACCUUCUGCUGGUUCUCUGCCUAGUGUGGCAUCCACCACUGCUUCGCUUCUGCCUUCAGCAUCGCAGCAUGCGGCAACGUUGUCCAGCUUGCCUCAGUCCAGUGAUCUGGCCAACAGCUCACUUUCCCAGUUAAGCAGCUCCCUUUCCAGUCAUCAGAGCAGCCUCCCCCCUGCCUCAGUGUUGUCUUCAAGCACAUCACAUGCACACACUGGUGUUGAGAACACGACUUCACUGCAGCCCUCAACAACCUUUGCAGCUGCUUCAACCUCCGCCACUAGCACCACCUCUUCGGUUGUCAGCAUGGCAAGCAGUAUGAACACUACAAACAGCCUUGGCCUGAGCGUUACCAGUGUCUCUAUACCAGCUGCUACCACACGGGCAGCUCCCUUAGUGUCUUCAGGCAAAGCUCCCCCGAACCUACCCCAAGGUGUACCACCCUUGCUGCAUAACCAGUAUAUUGUGGGACCUGGAGGACUUCUGCCUGCCUACCCAAUUUAUGGUUAUGAUGAUCUCCAGAUGCUUCAGUCCAGGCUGCCAGUG